AUGAAAGAUCUCCCGAUGGGUAAUUUUGAAUCCCGCAUUUGGGAUGCUUAUGGAAAGCGAUACGUUCCAGCUGAUAGAAGACAGAGCACCGAGUGGGAUACCGGGAAAACGCAUCUGUAUUAUUGUUACGUAUACGCAGAUGGAAGUUGUUCUUUUAAGGGACCUUGUUUGGAUACUACAUCAACUCACCUGCAAAGAACAUUAGGAGACGACAAUAUACUAAUUGUCGAGUUUGCUGAAGAUGGAAGGAGUUGUAUUGACAGGAUUUUAAAGGAAGGAAUCCUUGUUGGUUUGAGAUGUUACAAAUUUUUUGUUAUUAAAGAUGAAAGCAAAGGUACCAAGAAACAAAAGGAGAUGGAGAAGGAUAAGACUUCACUUUCUCCUGCUGUUAGAUGCUAUUUCGUUAAUUAUGACUCUAUUGCUGCUCGUGGUAAUAGUGAAUCAUAUAGUUUGUGUCCAUCGAACUUAAACAAAGCUAGAUGCCAUUUUAUGCACGUUCACAUGGUAUCUAGCUUGGCAAAAUAUAUGGCAAGGUUUUCGCUGAUAUUGUCGAAAACAAUUAAACUUCCUGUUGAUCUUUCUAGCAUUGUUAUUGAGAGAAUUGAAGAUAUACCUUGUCGUGAUGGAAAUGGUGAUGAAAUCCGUGAUGAAGAUGGAGAAGUGCUUGUACUCACAGAUGGAACUGGUUUCAUCUCAGAAGAUUUAGCUCUGAAGUGUCCCCAAAAUUUUUGCAGUGCAAAAUUUUUGAAGGAUAACGAUUUUGAGGAUGUGCUGCGUCAAGAAAGAAGAGUGGAAGAUUGGAAUAGGAAACCGCCUCUACUGAUGCAGUGCCGUCUGUUCAGUAGAGGUUUGGCAGUCAAGGGAACACUUCUUGUUAAUAGAAAGCUUGAUGCAGGAACAAUUCAGAUCAGAUCCUCCAUGGUGAAGGUCGAGAGGGAUAUCAGGUGUCCUGUUACUCCAACAUUUGACUCACUUGAAAUUGUAGCAAUAAGCCAUAAACCAAGGAGAUGCCAGCUAUCAAAAAAUUUGAUUGCUCUACUGAGCUAUGGAGGAGUGCCAAGAAACUUUUUCCUGGAUAUGUUGAGAAAUGUUCUUGAAGAGACGCAAGCGUUAUUUACAAACUUGCAUGCAGCGCUUAAAGUUUCUAUCAGAAAUGGAGACAUGGAUGAUGGUUGGACUACCGCAAGAAUGAUAUUAGCUGGAGUGCCUCUCAGUGAGCCUCACCUUCAGGAUCGUUUAGCUAAACUGGCAAAUUUUGAGAGGAGAUCACUUAAAAAAGGAAAGCUCCCCAUUAGUGAAAGCUUUUACGUGAUGGGAACAGCUGAUCCAACGGGCCUGUUGAAAGCUAAUGAAGUGUCAUUCACGGGAGUGAGGAAUUGUCCUUGCAAGCAUUUCAUAUCUUUUUCGAUAAUCUGGGAGAAUGGGCAAAUAUCAGGAAAGGUACUAGUAUACAGAAAUCCUGGUCUUCACUUUGGUGACAUACAUGUCCUUGAAGCAGUGUAUGUGAAGGAGUUGGAAGACGUAAUUGGUAAUGCCAAAUUUGGCAUAUUUUUCUCCACCAAAGGACAGAGAUCAGUAGCAAAUGAAAUUGCCAAUGGAGAUUUUGAUGGUGAUAUGUAUUGGGUUUCCAGAAACCCGCAGCUUUUGAAGUACUUUAGAGCCAGUGAACCAUGGACUCGAGUGUAUUCAUCUCCACCAGCAGAAAACAAGAAGCCCAGUGAUUUUUCAGCUGAAGCAUUAGAAUAUGAGCUUUUUCGACUCUUUCUAGAGAAGCAGAAGCCAAGCUUUAACAUGGCUGUUGCUGCUGAUAGCUGGCUCGCAUUCAUGGAUUGUCUUUUGGUACUUCGGGAUGAAAAUGCUGGUGACACAGAUGGUCUAAGGCAAAAGAUACUUAAAUUGGUUGACAUAUAUUAUGAUGCAUUAGAUGCACCCAAAAGCGGAAAGAAGGUAAAUGUUCCCAACGACCUGAUAGCAAAAAGUUAUCCACACUACAUGGGAAAAGGAAACAGCUACCAUUCUACAUCCAUCCUGGGGGAUAUCUUCGAUCAGACUGAGCAGUUUCAAUCUGAAAGGCGCUCUAUUGGAGAAAUAUGGAAGCUGCCUUGUUUCAAUUCACGCAUCCCUGAAGAGUACUUGAGCAUGUGGAGGGCGAGGUACGACGAUUACCGGUAUGAGAUGCGAGACGCAUUGGAACAAAAUCCCGCCGCCGACGACUUGAAGAACAAGGCCGCAGACAGAGUGAUCAAGAAAUACAAGGAGUUGCUGUAUGAAGCGGCAGAGUUGCAGGAAAGUAAGAAGAAGAUGGAAGAAAUCAAUAACGAGGCGCUUGCCAUCUACCAUGUGAGCUAUGAUCAUGCCAUAGGUCGAGGAUGUAUUAGCAAAUGCAGUUUUGCUUGGAGAGUGGCGGGUUCUGCUCUCUGCAAUCUUCAUGCCACAAAUACCAGCACCAACGAAUAUCCAACGCUAGUUGUACCAUCAAUCCUCCGGAAUGCUUUAUUUUAGCCCCCAUUCUGCAACUUUUUUUUUUUUUUUUUUUUUUUUUUUGCUUCUUUUUUUUGUUUUUUUGAAGUUUGUAAGCGUGAAAAUUUUUGUGUUCAUGUCAGUAGUGCGCUCGACUUCCCUAUAUGUA